UCAUCGCCUUUGGUUUUUGGUCAAAUGAAAAGUUUUGUUUUAGUUCGGUACAUUGGAUUGAUCGGUAAUUAUUUAUUGUUAAAUUUAAAAUCGUCUACUGAUACCUACCUACUACAGUUCUAUAUGCAAUCGGCUUUUAUCACAUCACAUUUAACAAUGUCAAUCUCUAGUAAUGUACGACAUUUAGCUCAGAAUUUCGUAAACAGUUGGCAAUGUUUGCUGUUAUCACGCAACCUUCACUCUUCACGAAGUCUUCGACAUGGAGAGUACGAGUGGCAAGAUCCUAAAAGCGACGCUGAGGUAGUCAACAUAACGUACAUCGAUAAAGAUGGUAAUAGAAUGACGGUUCGUGGUAAGGUGGGCGAUAAUGCUCUUUAUCUAGCUCAUCGGUACGGCGUGGAAAUGGAGGGUGCAUGUGAAGCUUCUCUGGCCUGCACCACCUGCCAUGUGUACGUUUUGGGUGACUACGGCGAUAAGCUACCGGCUUCCGAGGAAAAAGAGGAUGACCUGCUGGAUAUGGCACCGUUUUUGAAGGAGAACUCACGCCUAGGUUGUCAGAUUGUGUUAACCAAGGAAAUGGAAGGUAUGGAACUGCAGUUGCCACUAGCCACACGGAAUUUCUACGUUGAUGGACAUAAACCUAAGCCGCACUAGUCACUAGGAUAGUUUGACUGCUGUUAUUUAGUAGGUGACACAUGAACCUAGCUUUUUUUUAUAAAUCUGUUUAGAUGUAUGAAUCAAAAUUGUUAUGAAUUCAUUAUUAUAGUACAAUUACAGACAAUAUGUAAAACGA